CGGGCGAAGGCAUUGCGCGUGCUAUUGGAUUUGACGACUCAUCCAGAUUCGGUUGCACGGCGUGCAGCUACCAAUACGGUGAGGCAGUGGGUCCAGGCGUAGAGCCCUGCAUAGCAUGAUUCGAGACUUCGCCUUGCAAAUCCUACCGCACUUGCAAAAACGAUUGUCUCAAGAAAGAAAAGGCGCCAAUGAUCAAGCGAAUGGUGAGGCCGAAGAUGAUAGUAUGGAAGAUGGACAACUUCCAGCGGAGGAGCUUAUCAAACACCACACCUUAUUGACGAAAUACGGCUUCCGGCGGAGAAAUCGCAUGUACUUCAACACGUCAAGCUCCUCAUUGCCUUAUCUGUUAAAAUUCCCGACCUCCUGGAUGAGUAUGUGACACUUUCCCAGUC